UCUUAAACAUAAAAUGAACUCUCUUGAAAGGGUAUUCACUAACCACCUCAAGUUUUUAAAUUUGAUAUUGGUUGGGGGGAGUGGGGCGGAAAUCUAUAGUAUUUCUAUUCGUUUCUGGCAAUAUUUUUCCUUCUUCCCAUUGUUGACCAAGUGUGGCUUGUCCACGACUUUGUUGCUAGUUCAAGCUCUCUGUCCCCCUUGGUAGCAGCUGAUGCCUUAGAAAUACUUUCACCACCUAAAGGGCAAGAUACCCUACUUCCCUGAGGUCACCUGGGCUUCAUACCCAGAUCUUCCAGUGCUCAAGGUACUCCUGAAACAGUGUUUCCAGAAGAGCAACCCAGUGUGUUGCUUAAGGCCUGCAAAUAGGGGUAACUUCUCUUUCCAAAUCUACUUUGUCAAAGUCGAUGUAUGUGUUCAUUGUAAAGUGUUCCUCAGAAAGUUUGGCUUUUCAAAGCUUCACAUAUGGGAUGGUUAUUUUUCUCCAAUGCUUUUUUUAAUGGUGCCGAUAUAAAGUGAAGGGAUUACUGUUUUCCUUCUGUUGCCUUCAGUCUUAGUUCACUUGCACAUGGAUUCACAUAAACUGAAUGGUGUAAUGUCUGGGCAACCAAAACUGUUGGCUUUUGAGAAAACUGUCAAAUACUUUAACAUCAAACUGUUGCAAUGCAAGAUCAUUUCCAUGUGUUUGUUGGUGACCUCAGUCCAGAAAUCACAACCGAAGACAUCAAAGCAGCUUUUGCACCGUUUGGAAGAAUUUCAGAUGCCCGUGUGGUAAAAGACAUGGCUACCGGGAAGUCUAAGGGAUAUGGCUUUGUCUCCUUUUUCAACAAAUGGGAUGCAGAAAAUGCCAUUCAGCAGAUGGGUGGCCAGUGGCUUGGUGGAAGACAAAUCAGAACUAACUGGGCAACCAGAAAGCCUCCAGCUCCAAAGAGUACAUAUGAGUCGAACACUAAACAGCUGUCAUACGAUGAGGUUGUGAGUCAGUCCAGUCCCAGCAACUGCACUGUGUACUGUGGAGGGGUGACGUCAGGACUGACAGAACAACUAAUGCGUCAGACUUUUUCUCCAUUUGGACAAAUAAUGGAAAUUCGAGUCUUCCCAGAUAAAGGAUAUUCAUUUGUUCGGUUCAGUUCCCAUGAAAGUGCAGCACACGCGAUUGUUUCUGUUAAUGGUACUACCAUUGAAGGGCAUGUGGUGAAAUGCUAUUGGGGCAAAGAGACUCUUGAUCUGAUAAACCCCGUGCAACAGCAAAAUCAAAUUGGAUAUCCACCAGCGUAUGGCCAGUGGGGCCAGUGGUAUGGAAGUGCACAACAGAUUGGCCAGUAUGUGCCUAAUGGUUGGCAAGUGCCUGCCUAUGGAAUGUAUGGCCAGCCGUGGAGCCAGCAGGGAUUCAAUCAGACCCAGUCUUCUGCACCGUGGAUGGGACCCAAUUACAGUGUGCCGCCACCUCAAGGGCAGAAUGGCAGCAUGCUGCCUAAUCAGCCUGCUGGGUAUCGAGUGGCCGGGUAUGAAACCCAGUGAAAACAGACUACAGAGUGGAAGCCAGUGGCUUGAAGCCACCGGGAGGGUAGGAAAGCUGUUGUUUACUUAAAAGAUUUAUCAAAUCAGUCAGUACAAAUGCCAGAUACAAUGUAUUUAUUUAAAAGAUCCAUUUUUUAAAUCAUGAUAUUACUUUUCAUCCACAUUGUUCUAAAAAGGAACAAGAUAGUGGAUGUCUGCCAAUUUUUGCCUUCAUUAUCUUUUUUGAUAAAGUUUCUCAGAUCCUUGUUUCAAAGACAAAUGCAGGGAUUACUGCCACAUUUUUAAAAAUAAGAGGCAGAAAAUUGCACAAUGUUGAACUUUUUUCCACUGAAAUAGUGUGCAGUUUUAGUUUGCAUUCCUGAUAUGAUUUAAAACAUGUAAUAUAGAUGUAAAAAAAAAAAAAAAGCCAAACUUGUGCAAAGUCUAGAAGUUCUUUAUGACUUUCAGCGUGUGCACAGUUGUCUUAGGUUUAAAGAGUAGGCAUUGCGUGAACUAUACCAUCUCCACUAUUAUCCCUUUGGAAUUUUUAAAUGUAAAUUAUUAGUUUAUAUCAUUUUGUAUCCACAUUUUUUUUCACAAAUUUGUCCUGCCUUAUGUAAAAUCUGUAAAAUAUUCUUAAAUGAAAAAAAAAUGAUGUUCACUUAGAUUGAAAACUUUUCUCAGAUGGACUGAUAAUUGCAUUCAUCUUGUUUUUAUAAGAGAAGGUGCCUCAAGGAUUCCCUGUUGGAUUUGUUUAAAAGGACUUUUUAUCUUCUGUGAUAGCCUUUGCUAUGUACCAGGAACUAGGAAAACAAGACACUUGUUACUAAAGAGAAUCUUCGAUGUGAUGAGUCCUCACCCUCAUCAGUUGGUGUGUCAACAUCUACGUUUACAUGUGUUGUUUUCUAAGAUACUUCAGCAGUAAUAUUUGCAGUCAGCAAACUUUGUAUGUCAUUCCCUUCCUACAGGUGUCAUGAAGAGUUGAUGUAAGACAGUUUUUACAUUUGCAUGUGAAUAUCACAUACAUACUUUGGUAGUCUUUGAUACAAACUCAUCUGCUCUUGUUUUUCAAGAAUUUUGAUACACAAAGUUGUAUGUAAAGGAAUAUAUUAAUUAGAUGGGUUUUUUAGUUGGAUUUACUUUAAAAAGUAAAUCCACUUUAAUAUGUACAAAUGAUAGCUGUGAAACUAUAGAAUAUUUCUCUGUCAGGCUUGGGAUUCAUUAAGAACUCCAAAACUAGCCUGAAGGACCAGCCAGGCAAAACAUUUUUUAAAUAUUCAGAGGCCAAAAUAUGAACAAACAAAUUUAAAAAACCCUUAAAAGUCCUACCUCCUUACAUAGCCUUCAAGGAAGAAGCUGCUCAGCAUAGGUGUGACCGUAGUUCUUUGGUACCUGAUCUCCUGGAGCUCCCAUAUCACUGUUUUUGAGGUUUGCUCUUUGCUGACAUUGUUCUAGCCUUAGGGUUUCUAAUACAUUUCAGAGUCUCUUGGUUUGGUGUGGUUUCAGUGAUGACCACAACCUUCUCCUUGAAAGCAGAGGAAGGAGCCCCUGUGCACUGUGGGUUUGAGACCUGCGGAGAGCUCCCAGCAUUUUACGUAGGCCUGUGGAACUGGAAGCAUUUCCUGGCCUGUAUCUUUCAGGUAGGAGCACACAACUCUAACCUGUUUUCUAAGCCAGUCCCCUGAUACAACAGAGCCCAGGAAGACCGUCUCAGAUGUGUGCUUCUCCGGAGCUCAGUUCUAUGCAGUUGUGCUAACGUUUCAUUAAGUCACUGUGUAGUUUUAAGUACUAAAACAUUGAAAUUUGCUUUAUGGAAGAAUAAAUUUUUUAAAUACAUGGAAAUUUUAUUUCUUUGUAAACUUCUACAGAUCAGGACAGGCAAUAAAAGUAGCUUAAAUAAAAUACUAAAAACAAAAAGACAAAAGCCCACACAUCAGGAAGCUAUUUUUAGGUUUUCUGGAUUUGUCUCUAUUCUGGCAUCCUCAGUAUUUCUCUCUGUUUAAGAAUUUUACUUCCUUUGUAACUUUACACUGCAGGAUCUUUUGGACACAAGUAAUUUAUUUUGUGCAAAAGUGUAGUUUCUCUCUUCUUUUGACUCUUUCAUUUCAUGUACUAAGGACUUUUAUUUAGUAGCAUAUUCUUACUGCACAGAUCUUAAAAUUCGUGUUGAUUUGCUGUCGAGAAGGUGGUAGUGCUGUGUUCCUGAUGAAAGACUGACAUUUCAGGAACAUAGCUGUUGUUAGUUUAAAUGAGUCAUUUAAAUCAUUUCUCAACCUAAAAAACUUCAUCCUGGUGAUAGUAUCAGGAAAGAAAAUGAAGGUUUUUAAAGUGAACUUCCUUGCAAUAUGCAUUCAGGUUUUACUCUCUGGUACUGUAAAGACCUGAGUGACUCUCGGUGGGUCAUGGAGCCAGUAUUCUUUAUCCUAACUGUUUGGAUAUUAAAAUUUCUUUAUGUUUUCUAUGA